GAUUUUUUUAAGAACAAACUGUUAAUUGUACCCUGAUGCUUGAUAGCCUGCGGCUACGGACUGCGACGAAAACGCCGUGAAAUGGGUAAAACAAGUAAAGAUAAACGUGACAUUUACUAUCGUCUUGCUAAGGAAGACGGCUGGCGUGCUCGCAGUGCAUUCAAGUUGAUCCACAUCGAUGAAAUUUUCAACAUCUUCGAUGGUGUGACGCGAGCGGUCGAUCUAUGUGCGGCUCCCGGAAGCUGGAGUCAAGUGCUGUCGAGACGGCUGUAUGAAAGCCGUGAUCCGAAGGAUCGUGACGAGGUGAAGAUUAUUGCCGUGGACCUGCAGCAUAUGGGACCGCUGCCGGGUAUCAUCCAACUGCGGGGCGACAUCACAAUGCUGAGUACGGUCGAGGCCAUCAUUGCACACUUUGGCGAAAACCAGAAGGCACAGCUGGUGAUUUGUGACGGUGCCCCGGAUGUUACCGGGUUGCACGAUAUGGACGAGUACAUCCAGGCGCAGCUGCUGCUGGCGGCCCUUAACAUUACGACGCACGUACUGGCCGAAGGUGGUACGUUUGUGGCGAAAAUCUUCCGCGGCAAAGACGUGACGUUGCUGUAUGGUCAGUUGCGCAUAUUUUUCCACAAAGUGACGAUCGCGAAACCGAUGAGCUCGCGGAACUCGAGCAUUGAAGCGUUCGUCAUCUGUCAGAAGUACAGCCCCCCGCAAGGAUACAAGCCACAGCUCAUUAAUCCGAUGCAGGACGACGUGAAGCUGACCGCGUGUGAAACCGAUUCUCCCGUCAACCGGGCCAUCAUUCCGUUUAUGGUGUGUGGCGAUUUGCGAGAAUUCGACUCUGAUAUGUCGUACAGUUUGAACAUUGACCCCGAAAAGGAGUACGAACACAAGGAGGUGGUACAGACGCCACUGGCUCCGGCCUACAGCGAGGUGCUGGAGCGGAUGAAGACGACAUCCCUGAAACACAGUGGAAGCAUCAAGGUGGAGGCGGACAAGAAGAAGGACUGAAAAGGUUCACCAUUCUUAUUCAGUCCUUCAACCAAGAUGUUUUCUUGGUUGUUUGGGGUUUAAUUGAACACUUUAAUUAUAUCAUCCAUGUUUCUCAAUUUCACACUACCUACAUCAAUGUUGCAUCUACAGUUUCAUAGCAUGCACCGAUUAAUCGGUUUCCAUGCGAAAGGCGUGAAUUCGAACCCUGCCAAUUGCAUUCACUUUAUUGCAUUGCGCAGUGCAAAAGUUUAAGUUAGCGUUUAAUUGGGCUCUUCCAAUCUAAUUUGGCUCUCGUUCUAACAAUAACAAUAAUAAUAAUUUAAGUUAGCGUUUAAUAGGGCUCUUCCAAUCUAAUUUGCCUCUCGUUCUAACAAUAAUAAUAAUUUUUUUUUUAUUCUUGAGGAAACAUCGAAAAUUUAAACAUCGUGGAGGACGCUGUGGCUGGUGGCAUUUCUUCCAUCGCGCAUACGCCUUAUCC